UUCAUAGCGCGUCAUGGCAACCCAAAAGUUUGUUAUCAAUUACGCGCCAAAUUUGAUGCAGGGUUUUAUUUCUCAAACUUGCGAUUUCCUGCGAAACGUUUAUUUACAUUCCUCUUUGUUGUCUAUUCCACAUCGAACGAAUCUGCCGACAUGCCAAAAACACGGAAACAGUUGGAUCUGAACACCUGUACGGUGGACGAACUGGAAUCCGUCGACGGGGUGACGAGAUCAUUGGCAAAACGGAUCGCCGAUUAUAGAAGCCGAGCAGGAUACUUUAACAACAUCAACGAGUUGGGCAAAGUGCGAGGAGUAGGUGAUCACACGUUGUCAAUUAUUUCUAAACACGUCUACAUUCUUCCCUCUUCGCCGAGAUCCCGUCGUUCAAGUCUUGCAUCGUCAAGGGCCAACUCGCCUCAACGUAGACGAUCUCGGAGAAACGCUUCACGGGUGUCGUUCAGCAGUUCUCCAAGCCCGAUUCGCCGCAAGUCGCCCAAGCAAGAAGUUGCUCCACCGAUCCGGAGGUCGGAGCGCGUUUUAUCAAGGUCGACUCUCUCCCGGAGAUCGUCACAAAGCUCGCCUUCUCGUCGGAGCUCUCCCCGCCAUACGUCACCAAAACGCCAAGCUAGUAAGCAAAAUCGUUCGACCAAAAAGAAUUCAAAAUCUAGAUAUAGAAGUGGGCCAGUUUUCGUGGACUCCGCACAAAAUGUCAGCAUCGAUAUCGGCAAACUUGCGAAAGAAGGCUGCAAUCUGACUCUGCAUAACGGUGCUGUCGACGGGCAGUUGUGUCACCUCAUGACCAUUAACGUCAAGGAACUGGAUGGUCCUGGUCCAAGUAUUGGUUUAUCAAUACCAGCUCCUGGUCGAGCCAUUACCGAACAACAACGAUCUUCCUCUCCAGAACGUCUUAGCCGAGCGUCAUCCGUUGUCGACGAGAACGUCAGGGAAUACAUGGUGAUGCGUGAAACCAAGAGAGCGACCGAAAAUUUCUCUGAGGAACCGGGAAUCGCAGAGGAACUUCCUAGGCUUACGACAAAGAAAUUUCCAGGACUUUCUCAGAAAAAGAUAAGUCCUCGAAAAGAUCAGAAAAAUUGGAAUAGCAGCGGGGACAAUCGCAGAAGGUCCAGAUCUAGAACUCGAACUGUGUCUCGGUCUGUAUCUCGAUCUGCGUCGCCGCAGAAAGGCAGUCUCCGAAUAUCGAGAUCUAGAAGUGGAAGUCGAAAGCGUUCUGCACCUCGAUCACGAAGACGAAACGAGUCAAAGGCGAAUGAACGUCUGUCCCGAUCUGACAUCGAGAACUGGUUGCAAGAGGGGGCGGCACCACUUCGGAUUGACAGAGGAGAGGUAAAUGGACCCUUGGCGUCUUCUACACCAAGACGCAGAAGAGAACGACGAAGUCAAUCUCCAACCAGAAGACGAGAUGUCGCUGGUCCAUCGAGGAUUGAAGACGAUGGACGGAAUGAGCCAGUAGUCCUAAACAGGUCCGGGGCUAAACAGGUUCGUCAACCCGCCGUUCAAGAUCCUCGUCGAUCUCGGAAAGAAGACGAGGAGCAGUUUACGGGAAGAAGGAAAAGAAAUCGUGAUAGCGGGUCGCCACGACGAAAGUUGGAUUUGGAUGACGAUGUCGGCAACGCUCGUGGUCAGCAACAUGAUACCGUAGUCAUUGACCAGGGAAUCCAAACCACGGAUAGAGAUCGUAGUCGUUCUCGCGGUCGCCAGUCCUCUACUCGACCAGCUAAAGAUGAAGGCGGAGACGAGCUGGCACGUCGACAACGCAGUCGUGAGCCACGUCAUCGAGAUUCGCAUCGUCGUCGAAGGCACGAAGAGACGGCUUCGUACGCUAUGGGAUCAUGGUGUUCAAUCGCAUGAAAAUAAAAUGUAUUCGAAGUAGACUAUGAUCAUUAGUAGCUGGAAAACUAACUGCACUGAUUUUGGCAAGUUCAAGGGAUUUAAUUUUCGGGGCUCAUGCGGUUCUAAAAAGUUUGUAAGUGAUCUCCAACUUCCUGUUAUCUCCAUGAUGCGUAUAAAUAUAGGCCUA